CUGGUCACCAGUGUAGUCACAGGCGCCCGAGAGGAGGACGAGGAGGGUGUGGGCACGAAUAUGGCAGAAGGGGACACCCUGAUAUCAGUGGAUUAUGAAAUUUUUGGGAAGAUCCAAAGGGUAUUUUUCCGCAAGUACACUCAGGCUGAGGAUAAAAAGCUGGGAUUGGUUGGCUGGGUCCAGAACACUGACCAGGGCACAGUGCAAGGACAAUUGCAAGGUCCCAUCUCCAAAGUGCGUCAUAUGCAGGAAUGGCUUGAGACAAGAGGAAGUCCCAAAUCACACAUGGACAGAGCAAACUUCAGGAAUGAGAAAGUCAUCGUAAAAUUGGAUUACUCAGAUUUCCAGAUUGUGAAAUAAUGACCUGAAUUUAAAUUUUCUAAGAUAAACUCACUGGUUUUGUUUUUAUUGUUAAUACAGAACAGUCUGUGUUCAGUAUUAGAAUUGGUCAGUAUGUUAGUAUCAGAUAUUUGAAUAUUACUGUAUAUUAUACGUAUGAUAGAAAGAUGACAAACUCUACACAAUUCUAAAUAAAAAUACAUUAGAACCUUC